UCUGUCGAAGAGGGCGGACGGGAAGUGGCAGUCGUGUAGCUUAGCGCGGAUGCUAACGGUAAAGUGAAACAUUUAGCCACACCUCGCGGGUCCAUCUCCCACAAACAAGAAUGGACAUAAGUUAACUAUGACUGGAGAGAAAAAGAAGAAAAAGCGGCUGAACCGCAGCAUUCUUCUGGCUAAGAAAAUCAUCAUAAAAGAUGGAGGCACUCCACAGGGGAUUGGCGACCCCAGUGUUUACCAUGCGGUCGUGGUUAUCUUCCUGGAGUUUUUCGCCUGGGGACUGCUCACCACCCCGAUGCUUACGGUUUUACGUCAGACAUUCCCCCAGCACACAUUCCUGAUGAACGGCCUCAUUCAUGGAGUCAAGGGUCUGCUGUCUUUCCUGAGCGCUCCGUUAAUCGGUGCUCUGUCAGACGUGUGGGGCCGGAAGUCUUUUCUGCUGCUCACGGUGUUCUUCACAUGCGCUCCCAUCCCUCUUAUGAAGAUCAGCCCAUGGUGGUAUUUUGCAGUGAUCUCCAUGUCUGGUGUCUUCGCGGUCACCUUUUCAGUGAUUUUUGCGUAUGUGGCUGACAUCACCCAGGAGCACGAGAGGAGCACAGCGUACGGCCUGGUGUCGGCCACUUUCGCAGCCAGUCUGGUGACGAGCCCCGCGAUUGGUGCGUACUUGUCUGUGGCUUACGGAGAUACUCUGGUGGUGAUUCUUGCCACGGCUAUAGCUCUGCUGGACAUCUGUUUCAUCCUGGUGGCCGUUCCCGAGUCCUUGCCCGAGAAGAUGAGACCGGCCUCCUGGGGUGCACCCAUAUCCUGGGAGCAGGCCGACCCAUUCGCUUCUUUGAGGAAGGUGGGCCAGGACUCUACCGUCCUCCUGAUCUGUAUAACAGUCUUCCUGUCCUACCUCCCCGAGGCCGGUCAAUAUUCCAGCUUCUUCCUGUAUCUCAGACAGAUCAUUGGCUUCACACCAGAAACGGUUGCUGCUUUCAUUGCAGUGGUGGGAAUUCUUUCCAUCUUGGCUCAGACGGUUGUCUUGGGAAUCCUGAUGCGCUCCAUAGGGAAUAAGAACACUAUCUUGUUAGGCCUGGGCUUUCAGAUCCUGCAGUUGGCCUGGUACGGCUUUGGCUCUCAGCCUUGGAUGAUGUGGGCUGCUGGAGCAGUAGCUGCCAUGUCCAGCAUCACCUUCCCAGCCAUCAGUGCCAUAGUGUCCCGCAACGCAGACCCCGACCAACAGGGUGUGGUACAGGGUAUGAUCACAGGAAUCAGAGGCUUGUGUAAUGGUCUUGGUCCAGCACUCUAUGGCUUUGUCUUCUACCUGUUUCAUGUGGAGCUCAACGAAAUGGACCCAGCAGAGAACCCGGAAAAGGGUGCCAAACCCAACAUGGCCAACCCCACCGAUGAGAGUGCCAUCAUCCCUGGUCCUCCCUUCCUGUUCGGAGCAUGCUCAGUGCUGCUGUCCCUGCUGGUUGCUCUCUUCAUUCCGGAGCACAACGGCCUCAACCUGCGGAGCGGCAGCUACAAAAAGCACAACAACGGCGCGCAGAGCCACUCGCACAGCUCGCAGGGCGGACCCUGCGAGGGCAAAGAGCCUCUCCUGGAGGACAGCAGCGUAUAACCCUACCGACGAGGGGGGCGGGGACACACCCCAAACCCCCUCGCGCUCACCAACCCACCUCCCCAGGCGCACACGAGCGGUGCACUUUUUGCAAAGUCUUGUUCCCCCGCAGCUGCGGGCACUUGGACCGGUGGACAUUAAACGUGCGUAAACGGCCAGCAGGGAACUGGCCCUUGGCCUCGUGGGACAGGAAGUGAGCCUACGGACAUUUUGCCUCGCACACGUGAGGAACACGCCGACAAGGACUUUGCGUGAAGGUUUUCCUGGUUUUUAUUGUUACGUCGUUUUUUUGGCGCUUCUCUUCAGAAUUUCAACGUAAAUGACACACAUGUUCCUCGUCCAAAGAAACCUGGUAACUGUAGGGAGGUAUCUGUCGUGAGAUGUUACGGGCUAACUUUUGAUGUGCUGCUUUUUACUGGAUUUUGUGGGUUUUGUAUUUAGCAGGAGUGAAAGGGAGAGCGAGAGCUUGGAUGUUGUGCAGAUGUGGAAGAGCCUCAAACUGAGUCUUUAUGAAGGUCGUCAUCAUCAUCAUCACUUGACUGAAUCAUUGCAACCUCGACGAGCAGGUUCUCUUCUUUUACAUCCCACGAAAUAGCUCAUGCUUUCUGUCCUACGUAGAGGAAGAAAAAGUUGCCUUGAUGACAAUAAAAAGUUUGCUAUAACCCACAUGAAGACUACGCUCUGAGAAGGGUCAGCGAUCGCGCCGCUCCCGUGUGAGCCUGCACAUAUAUGAUGAUGUUGUUUGUCGUCCGCCUCACUUCCAGAGCUCCCUGUGAAAGUCAGCACUGCCACGGUACAACAGGCUAGCGGGGCUCUCGCUCAUCACACUUGGUUUUUAUAUUACUGCGAGCACUGAUGCGGGUGGAAUAGCUGAGAUGUGAUUGGACGAGUGUCACUAGAUCCAGUGACGUGUAAUUUCUCACAUGCUGCUGUUGUCGGAUGUACAAGGUUCUGUGGUAUAAUACUAGACUCUAAAUGUGAUAUUUCAAUUAGAACGGCGCUUUUUCCGUGUACGUUAAGACCCCCAUAUUUCGCUUUUUACUUGUGGUGCAUUUUCAUUCUAGCGUGAGAGAAUAUUUUUAUCAGAUCUUGACAGGAGCGUUUGAUUUCCUCCAGCAAACCUUAAGUGCAUUCAGACUGCAUUCUUUGAGUUUUUUUUAUCAAGAUCUGGGUUGUUUGUUUUAGGUGCCAUACCUAUUACUUCAUUUCCGUUUGUGUGCGUUUUAGUUGGUUGUGUCUUUUUAAUUUUUUUCUGGGAUUUGUAUGCUUUUUUUUUUAAGACAAAUCGGGUUUCUUUGUCACUGUAACAUGUUCAACUUACAUUUUGGACCAUUUCUGUUGAAGUUUCAUCACUCUCUACUGAUCUGUAUGACCAAACUUGAAUUCAAUUCUUUGUAAUAUAUCCUAAUAUGGAGCGGAUGAUCCUGCAUAAUGACUUUCACUAGCCACUAAUUUGCAAUGAAAUCUGGUCUUUGCCUCAGACAAAAGCCAAUUAAUUUGUGCCUAAAAUGCGCUCAAAGUGAAUAUGUGAAUGGUGGCUGUAAAUAUUAGGAACUAAUGAGAAACUAUUUAUUAAAAGUUUAUUGAUAUUGAAGUCACUAUCUCUGUGUCUUUUCUACUGUUCUGUAACUGUGCUGUAAUUCUGUCUGCUGAAAAAACGUCUCUAAUUUGUCGCAUAUGUUGUUCACCAGUCAAAUCCAUUUCGUUUG